UGUGUUUUUUGUUUUGUGCCUGUCAAAAUUCCGACAAUUCAAUUGCUUAAACUCGGGAGGCACGCCAGAGAAUAACCUAGUGUUUCUCUCCCCCGGGGCACAGACGACGUACAAAAUUUUGGAGACAAAAAUGCAAAGUGCCCCCCACUAGGAGUCGCGAUGCUAUCAAAAAUUCUACGUAAAUAUUGCACACUGAACCAUCUGGCCAGCAACCAUAGUCGUCACUGCCAACCAUCGACCCUAUUGCAUUAUCAUUAUGAACCGCACUGUCAGCCCCAUUUGCUGCAGCCACUCAAAGUCCAGAGGUACUCGAGUUUCCAGCGAAAACUGGGCUGGGAAUGUGCCCAUCGUGGUGGCGGAGAUUUCCACCGGAAGCUGCACGAUUGGGAUCGUCAGAGUUCGGCGCAUGAGGAGCGCAGGAAGACGAUCCCGAAGCUAGUGUAUCUGCACAAUCCGUGGAAGUAUUUGGUGACCAAGCUGAAUCUGUGGAAGCUCAAGUGGUUGUGGGACCGUGAAUUCCGGGAAUCGGAGUUCGUGGAUGGUGCCAAGCAGGCGGCUGUGGUCCUCACGGAUAUCAUUCGGCUGCAGCAGGCGGAUCGGAUCAGUGAUUUUACGACUCCAGUGGGCUUCCAGCAGAUCACCCGGGACAUGCUCCUGUCCCGCAACGACACGCGUCUCCAGUUGGUACGGUUCCAGAGGGAGCACCUGCGUCGUGCCAUUCCCAUGAAGGUGGCAACGCGACAGAAUUUUGGCCGGAAGUAUGCCUUCAUCGACAUGCUGUUCGUGGGCCUGCGGAACACCAAGGAUUUCGACACGGCCACCGAGGUGGUGGAGGUUAACGACAUUAUCCGCCGGAUGGACAACGAACUUAGGACUCCGUCGCAUGUGGUGGCCGUGCCGCAUCGCAUUGUCUUUGCCGAGAUCUUUAUCCGCUUCCGGCGCGACUACACGGCGGAGGCGCGAAGGGAGAUUUUGGCGAACAAAGCGCACGCCCAGGCCCAGGCCCAAAAUAUUCCCCACAAUUUGCCCGGUGCUCAGUCGCCAGCGGAAAACUUCCUGAAAUCCGCCUUCGAUCCCAUGGACUCGGCCAAGAUGCAGCCUGGCUUCCUGAGCGGCCGUGUGGCCCCCGGUAUGGAUGACGUGGGCUGGUCAGUGUCCUUCUACAAAAUCCUAACCUUCGAUGUUCUCAACUACGAUCCCCAGCCAGGAAGGCACCAUCAACAUCAGUCUCAUGACAAGCCGUAGUGUUUAGUCCUGAUCCAAACUGGAUUAAUUUGUUGUCCAAAAUUAAGCCCUCGGGUAAAGUUUUGAGACCCCUAAAGCAGGCGGGCAACAGAGUCUUGUUUGUGUAUAAAAUGCUUCUAGCAAAUUAAUAAAGCAAUAUUUUAGUUUGUUUGGGAUUUAAGUUAACGAAAA